CGCGUGUCUCAUCCAGGGUUCUGCCCAUCAAUGGAGUGUUACGCUUCCCAAGUCCACUUCUGGGCUGGAGGGAGAGUCUGUAAUUCUGGAUUGUUUUUUCAGUCACCCUGACCCACCGAAUAAACCAUAUACUAUAUGGGGCCAAUGGUUCAAAGGUAAUCCAUGCAAUGAUAGAGCAGAGAAGAUAUAUGAAAGCAACGAAAGCAACAACAGAAUAAAAUUAACAGGAAACCUGACAAAGAAAAACUGCUCAAUUGAGAUAAGUGACCUCAGGAAAACUGAUACUGGUCAUUACUGCUUCAGGUUUGAAAUAAUGAAUUUCGUUAUAUGGACCGGAAAACCAUCCAUCAGUGUCGAUGUAUACGAUCGUCCUGGCAACCCCACUGUUUUCCCAAGUGAAGUGGCUGAAGGGAUCAGCACCACUUUAACGUGUACUUCGUCUAACGUUGUAACACAGGUCAAACCCAAGCUGACCUGGGAAGGAAUCACUGAGCUGACAGAUCAGAAGACCGUGAACAAGAAGAAACAGUCUUUAUCUGACCGGAUAAUCACCAGUUCAUUCACUUUUAUUCCCUCAUACCAACAUCAUCUCAAGCUGAUCAAAUGUGUGGUCAGUUGUGCCAAAUACCAAUGCUCGAAACAAAGCAACAUAACGCUUCAGGUCAAAUAUCCCCCCCGAAAUACAACAAUUCAAAUAAAUGAACCUCUGGAUAUCAUUGAGGGGAGAGAAAAUGUGACGCUGACGUACAGCACUGACAGCUACCCUCAAGCUACUCACACCUGGUACAAGACAAAAAGACACACAAACACAACACAAACUCUGAACAGUACAGGCAGCGUCUUGUUGAAAUCAAUAUCCAGUGUGGUAAAUAAUUCACAGGGAAAUGACACCUCUGCAGCUGACAUCAAUGUCAAGUAUGGACCCAGUGAAAUUAACAUAAGUCAAAAUGGGCUGAAUUACAAGUGUGUCACACACGCCAACCCUCCAGCAACCAUCAUUUGGAAUCUAACUGACUCCAUAACUUCCCAAAUCCAUAAAAAUAAGUCUACGAACAGCCUGGAAAUUAAAGAUUAG